AUGGGUAUCCUAUCUAUUACCGAUAACAUGUCGGACAUGGAAUAUAUUAUCGGUUGCAUAGAAGAGCAUAUGUUCAAUUUUAUGACACUAUUGAAGAUAUGUAUAUGCAGAAUAAAAAGUAAUUCGUUGGCCGAAUUUUUAAAGGACAUCAAAGUCGAUCUUAUUCCAGGAAGAUACAAAACCGAUGAGGAAAAGAUCGCCUUUUUAAAUUAUAACAAUUUCAGUCUAAAGUUUGUCAAGGUCACUAUAGUAUCCUGCGUCAUAGCCGCUACGCUGUAUUAUUUAGCUGGUUUAGCUGCCAAUAUUGAAAUGGUCGUGGCAAAUUCGUCUUAUGGAUACAGAUUGCCAUACAAAAGUCGUUCGUUGAUCGAGCCGACAAAUCUGAUAAUCUACGUCUGUCUCUGUCUGUAUCAAUUUUUAUUGGUACUAAUUAUCAUCUUCGGUUAUGUCGGAACAGAUUGUUUAUUAAUCAGUUUGGUACUUCACGUCAGCGGUCUUUUCUCUGCACUUUCUUGCAAAGUAAAGCACGUUUUGAAUAAUCCAGAGAAUCGUAGAAGUCGAAUAAAGAAAUUAAUUUUGAGACACAUACGUCUAAUACGAUUGGCUGAAUCUUUGGAAAGUGAUUUCAAUAUAUUAAUUUUACAACAAUUAUUGGGAAGUACCAUUCAUCUUUGUCUUCUGGGUUACGAUGGUCUCGUUAGUAUGUCAGCAGGACAGGAAGCAAAGUUAAUCACUUUUGGCGUAAUUGCAGGUUGCGUUCUAAGCACGCUAUUGGCUUAUUGUUAUAUUGGAGAGUGUCUUAUUAAUGAAAGUAUGUCUUUAGCUGAAUCAUUUUAUCAAUGCGAAUGGUACAACAUAUCACAAGAGGAAAUUAAAUUAAUACAUAUAUGCAUGGUGCGAUCGGCGAAACAAAUGCAACUCACUGUUGGCAAAUUCUUCACGUUGUCAUUAACUACAUUCACAGAUGUUGUGAAGACAUCAAUGGCAUAUUUAUCCGUACUUCGAACGUUUAUAUAA